UCGGCGAGAGACUAAUAAUUAAUUCAGCCGGGCCGUUGAAAAUUCCGCAGAUACAACAGCAACAAACUGAAAUCAUGGAGAACAAAAAAUCACAGAGAGGUCCGAGGACAACUAAAGAGCAAUUCAAUAUGAUGGUCAGCACGAUGCAGAAGUAUCCCGUUGUGGCAAUGGGAGUCAAACAUGUUGAUGGUAAUCCCUAUGCACGCGAGCAGUGUAAAAGCGUUUGGAUUGAUUUGGCGCAACGACUGAACGACAUUGGACCACCUAAUCGCAGUAUCCUAGUGUGGCAAAAGGUGUGGAAUGAUCUCAGACUUAAAGUGAAAAAAAGACAUGAUCCUGAGAAUGUAGUUCGAGUCAAUCGUGCGAGCAAUCUACAGAGUCAUGAGUUAGCGGUUGGCAAAAUCCUAGGGUGGAAUAAAAAUGAAAACCAUCAAGGUACAUCCUUCGUCGCAUCACCAGAAUCGUCGUUCGAUGAAAAUCAAGAUAACGAUACUUCGACCUCCGAUAUCAUUGUAAAAGAAGAAUCACGUUGUUCUUUGGAAUCACAAAUAUCAGAAGAAAACAUAACAAAACCACUUGGUACAGGAAAUCCCGAUUGUCCCGACCCACUGAUCAACCCGCAAGAAAGUCCCGGCAAGAUUCGAAAAGCAAACAAUUCUCCAGUUGUUCGUGAUGCCGACCAGAAAACACUGCUCGAACAACAAAACGAAUUGCUGGAAGUGUUAGUAGAAAACAGCAAUCAGCAAGUCCAAUAUAUGCGAGAAUCGUUAAAGUUGCAAAAACAAAAAUUUGAAUUCAAACGAAAACACCUGGAAACGAUGGAGAAAAUUAAGCAGGACGAGCUAAAACUCCGCGCCCAAAUGUUGGAAUGCCGUAAACUGGAACUAGAAUUAAAACGCGCGGCGAACGACGAUGAGUCUGAUUGAAUGUAUAGGUUGGUUCGAUAUUUUAAAACCACCCAAUUUUUAUAAUUUGACAGUGCAAACAUUAAUCACGAACUGAAUCUUUGAAUAGAUAGAUCAAAAUCUAAUCCACAUCUAACCCAUUCCAAUAGGUAUUCAAAUUUAUUCCAUAAAACUUAUCGAGCAAAAAGAAGAAAAAGGUAGGGUUCCAUUUGAGCUACACGGUUGAUUUAAGUGAGAACAAUCGUCACUCUAUAUUGCGAAGGAUGGAGUCAUUUGGGGUAACGUUUGUGAACAUUGAUUAUCAGGUAUGAAGUAACAGAACGAUGUGUUUCAAUAUGAAAUUCUGGGCAGUUUAAGCAGUUCCUGAACAGUAUCGCCAAAAGCUGGACGAGAUGAUAGAAGAUACAAACGGAUCUGGUGUCGCCGAGAGUAGUUGGAGAAUAUCCACAAUGCAAUGACUACAACAAAAAGUGUCAGGCAUUGUCCAACGACGGCAACGAAAUAUGUAGUUGAUUUGGUUAGAAGUAUCAGCGAGUAUCGGACGAGAAAAACACUGCCAGGAGUCGGAUGGUAAUGCCUGUUAUCCGAUUUAACGGAGAACGGAUUAACAAGAAAUAAAUCCUCCAUUGAAAGAGAAGCCAGCACGAAAAACAUGGAUAGAAUUGAUUUGCGGAAGUCUUAAGCGCAAUGAUCAAGAGUGUAAUUUGCUAAUACACUUGAUAAUGGUAGCA